AUGAUCAAGUGCAGUCCAAUAGAAGCAGCAGCAGAGCCAGCAGCAGAGGCAGCAGGAAAGGCACCGGCGAAGAUAAACACCGAUACCAAUAAAAAAGAAAUCAGCAAGAAAAGUAAUCGACUUGAAAGAACCAGUGGGCACGGAUGGCGAAGACCAGACGACGAGAGGCACAAGCUGAAUCUUCUGAGCAGUGAAGACGUCAUAACACCAGAAACUGUGGAAGAAGCAUUGGAAAGUCCACAGGCGAUCAAAUGGCAAAAGACCAGGGCACAAGAAUUCGGAGCACUGAAAGUGAAUGGAACUUGGGAACCAGCCGAAUUACCAUCCAAUCAUAAGGCGAUUGGAUGCAAAUGGGUCUUUGCACUAAAACGUGACAAAAAUGGCACCAUAGAACGAUACAAGGCUAGGCUAGUAGCAAAGGGCUGCCGCCAGAAACACGGAGUGAACUACGACAAAACCGCCAGUAGUGCGAUAUGCGACAUGCGACAAUAA